AUGGCACCUGCCCCUAGAAAGUCCGAGGCUGAGAUCGAUAAGCUGGCAGACCCCAGGACGCCGCCGCAUAUAAUCCUGCGCACUCUCCCCUCGCUCUCGUUCGCUACCCCCACACACUCGAUUCGCGUCCAGCUCUCGUUCCAGUUCCCCACACCGCACAAAUUACUCGCCAUGCCUGAACAGACAGCUGUCGAUGUACAACAUACCCCGGAUCCUCGCUAUUCGUUCGGCGGGCCGGCGCAGCCAUACAACACCGACCCCAGCACUCGUACGCAACUGGACACUCUCCAGGAAAGGAUGGCCACCAAGUAUGCUCUCGAUUCCUUGAUCAAAGAGGUGGAUCGGCGUACGGAGGUGACCAACGGCAAAAUCGACGCCAUCUCUACCGCGUUCGACGAGUUCAAGGAUACCACCUUCAAAGAGUUUCAGACUAAGAGGGAGGUGUUCGAGAAAGAAACCAGGGAAUCCCUCAGAAGCCAUUCCACCCAAAUCGCGAACGUUUCACUGCAGGUCGGGGGCCUCAGGGAAGAGGUAGAGGGCCACGUUGAGGGCCUCAAGGGCGAAGUGCAGGCCCUCCAGAACAAUAUGAACGAGAGGUUGGAUGCUCUCAUGGCCAUUAUCUUGCGUAUUCCUGGCGUCGAGAUUCCAGCCGCGUCUCUCGCGACAGUUGCUCCCCCCAGCGUGCCAAUUGUUACCACCACACCCUUGCCACGCAACCGCGAGUCUCCAGUUACCUUCCACAAUCCGCAUGAUUCCGACACCUCUAGCCUCCCCGAUUCCCUUCUGUAUCCUCCCCUCGAGCCACCGAGUCCAUCCGGCCUGAGUCCGUCGUCCCUCAAACCGCCUUCUCUGCGUAAGCGGAUCUCGACGGCAUCUAUGAACAAGGUGACCAGUGUCACAAAGACCGUCCAGGGAGUAUUCAGCCGGUUGAAGACCGCAAAACACAAUAUCGAGGACACGAUGCAGGACCUGGACGCCAUGACGCAGAUGCUCCAGGCGGGGCAACAGCAGGACGACGCGCUCCUGCCGUCUCCUCAGGAGUACGAAUCACCCGUCGCGGGCCCGUCGACUCCGACGGAGACGCAGACUGCUUCGAAGGGGAAGUCGAAGCUCAAGUUGGGCCAGCCGAUCCAGCGCGACCGGCAGUAGAUGCAGGCAGUACGCACGCCGUGGUUGCUGAAAUACACUCGCGAGGAGCACCCUCGUAUACCCCGCGAAUCGCCAUCGCGCGCUGCUCACCGUCUCCCAAGAGACUCCCACUUCUCCGCAACACGCACUAUGCUUUCCGUCCCCCCGCUUAUCAAAUGGCAACACACAACCUAUCUGUUUUCCAUCUGCCCAUCGCCAUUCCCUCGUUUUGUAUGUUUGUACUGAUAUUCGCUCUCGCCCGGCUCUCCCAUCCCUGCUCUAUCCGUCCCGUCUAGUCUUCCUCGCACAUGCUAUCCACCUACUCCGCCUCUCGUUAUGCGCACCGUUAUUCCCCGGAUUCCUCAGCGGAGCACUGCGCCUGCGCUAACAUCCGCUCCACACUCGUUUGAAGUCACUGUUUGUUGUUUACGUGUACACUACGGAAAGAUACCCCAGGAACGCUGUGUUCGUUGCUCGCCCUGAGCACCAUGGCGUAAUGGAAUUCAUC